GAUGCUUGGAAGCACGAAGCGCGUUCAUUGAUCCCAUUCAGCGAAGCGAAAGCUUGAAGACCAUCCUUCGAUCGAGAACCUCAAAGAUCAACGCGGAAACGAUCUCUCAAUCUCUCAAUCUCGAAAAAUCACGAUGAGUUUUCUCUUCGGCAAUCGGAAAACUCCCGCAGAGUUGUUGCGGGAGAAUAAGCGGAUGCUGGAUCGAUCUAUAAGGGAUAUUGAGAGGGAGAGGCAGGGGUUGCAGACCCAGGAGAAGAAGCUCAUCGUUGAGAUCAAGAAAACAGCGAAGCAGGGCCAGAUGGGAGCUGUUAAGGUGAUGGCAAAAGAUCUUAUCCGAACAAGGCAUCAAAUUACAAAAUUUUAUGCACUCAAGUCACAACUCCAAGGUGUAUCUCUUAGAAUUCAGACACUGAAAUCAACACAAGCAAUGGGUGAGGCCAUGAAGGGUGUUACAAAGGCCAUGGGACAGAUGAACCGACAAAUGAACCUGCCUGCACUACAGAAGAUAAUGCAGGAGUUUGAGCGGCAAAAUGAGAAAAUGGAAUUGGUCAGUGAGGUGAUGUCUGAUGCCAUUGAUGAUGCCAUGGAGGGAGAUGAGGAAGAAGAAGAAACCGAAGAACUUGUCAACCAGGUCCUUGACGAGAUUGGAAUUGACAUCAAUUCAGAGCUUGUCAAGGCUCCAUCAUCUGCAGUUGCAGCACCUGUUGGUGCCAAGGUUGCCCAAGCAGAGACAGCUGGGCAGCAAGAUGGUGCCAUUGAUGAUGAUCUUCAAGCAAGGUUAAACAAUCUAAGAAAAAUGUGAGUUGCCAUCUUUAAAAUAUCACAUAUUACACCAUAUACACUUUACUUAUAUAUUAUUUAAUCUGAUGUACAUUUAUACUUAAGUUUGCAAUAAAAGACAUCAUCUUCAGACCCUUGC